AUGGCCGCUGUCGACUUUGGAGAACAUGUGAGUGAGGGUGUCAUCUUCGUGGAGGCCCCAGGGGACGUUUCAGGGCCGGGCGUGGGUGAGAGCGGGCGCGGCUGUCUCCAUGCCUUUCCUCUUGUUCCCCAGUUUGGCCUCGUGUGUGGCAAUGCUUGGCUGCUGGACCUCUCCCAAGCCAUCCUCAACCUGGGCUUCCUGGCUGGAGCGUUCACCUUAGGCUACGCGGCAGACAGGUUCGGCAGAAUAGUCGUCUACCUGCUCUCCUGUCUCGGCGUCGGUGCCACCGGCGUGGCGGUCGCCUUUGCGCCCAACUUCCCGGUGUUUGUGGUCUUCCGCUUCCUGCAGGGCCUGUUCGCCAAGGGCACGUGGAUCACCUGCUACGUGAUAGUGACAGAAAUUGUAGGUUCGAAGCAAAGGAGGACUGUGGGGAUAGUGAUUCAAAUGUUCUUCACCCUCGGAAUCAUAAUUCUCCCUGGAAUUGCCUAUUUUAUCCCCAACUGGCAAGGGAUCCAGCUGGCCAUAACGCUGCCCAACUUCCUCUUCCUCCUCUAUUACUGGGCAGUUCCUGAAUCUCCUCGCUGGCUGAUUACUCAGAAGAAAGGGGAUAAAGCCCUGCAGAUUCUGAGGCGCAUUGCCAAGUGCAACGGGAAAUACCUCUCGCCAACGUAUUCCGAGAUCACCGUCACGGAGGAGGCCGUGAGUAACCCGUCCUUUCUGGACCUGGUGAGGACGCCGCAGAUGCGCAAGUGCACGCUCAUCCUCAUGUUCGCGUGGUUCACCAGCGCGCUGGUCUACCAGGGGCUCGUCAUGCGCCUGGGCAUCGUGGCGGGCAACCUCUACAUCGACUUUUUCAUCUCGGGCGUGGUAGAGCUGCCGGGGGCGCUGCUGAUCCUGCUCACCAUCGAGCGCUUCGGCCGCCGCCUGCCCUUCGCGGCCAGCAACGUCGUGGCGGGGGUGGCCUGCCUCGUCACCGCCUUCUUGCCCGAAGGAACAGCGUGGCUGAGGACUGCGGUGGCUACGCUGGGGAGACUCGGCAUAACCAUGGCCUUCGAGAUUGUUUAUUUGGUGAAUUCGGAAUUGUACCCGACAACGUUACGGAACUUUGGCGUUUCGCUCUGUUCGGGCUUAUGUGACUUCGGGGGCAUCAUAGCCCCGUUUCUGCUCUUUCGGCUCGCGGCUGUGUGGCUGGAGCUGCCCCUGAUCAUCUUCGGAAUCCUGGCCUCUAUCUGCGGUGGCCUCGUGAUGCUUCUGCCUGAAACCAAGGGCAUCGUCUUGCCAGAGACAGUGGACGAUGUGGAGAAACUUGGCAGCCGGCACACCUGUCACUGGGGCAGGAGAAAGGAAACCCAAGUCUCCACUCCCACCUGUGAGGUCCCCUGAGAAAGACGGAGGAAACUGUUCUGACAAUGCGACGCGCCUCUUGAAGAGACUUGUGUGUCCACGUGUGCUGUGGGACGCCACGCAGCUCUAUGCAUUUUAAUACUGUACAAAGACAAACUAUGCGGAUAUUUUUAUACAGUGUCGGCCGGAUCAGGACGCAUCCCUCUCACUCCGCGCCCACAUCAGGUGCGGACGGCCGGAGACAAGCCUGCCGUGUCGGACAGCUGGGGCCUGGCCCGCGUGGUCCCAGGGGCGAGAGAAGCCCCGUCCAGUCCCCAUCAUUGCUCCAUGGAGAAUGUGGGAUGUCAGGCCAAGGAUCUGGGCAGAGGGCUCAGCAGGGGCCACCCAGUCUCCCACUCUGAGCUGCACCCUGAAGAGUCCCGCAGGAGCACUGCCUGGAGGUGCUGUUCGAGGACAGGCGGGAUCUACGGCCUGGGGGUGCAGCGGUCCUGAGCGAGCAGUCGCUUUCUCUGCUCGCUGCGAGCUUUGCCAGCCCCAUGGCAUCUGGGGCCACUGUGUGCUGGGCUCUGUCCAUAGCUAGGAACAAAUCUGCAGUGCAAUUUGGGCGUCUGGCUCUAUUUUCUAGUCAUUUUCAGCCCUGAGAUUCAGGAUGGUUUGGGCCCCUGUUAGGAGACAGUGAGGACCCAACCUGAGUUCUUUACUGAACAAAACCUAUGGAUUAUGAUGCCUUGGGCCUUGCGAUUUCAUCAUAAAGGGAUGCUUAUCUUCUGUUUGUGAGGUCAUGUCCACGAGGGUGAUGGUGUCCGUGGUCAAGAGUGGAAAACACGGACAGUUCUCAUUCUGUCCGGACGCUUUGUCUUAGGAAGAAGCUGCCGGAGCAAUCUGAAGAAAGGGCCAUAGAUGAUGCUUCAAGAGUCGGCAGAAGCUUUGUGAGACUCUCGGGCACCCAGGCGGCGCUGAUCUUUCUAGUGACAGAGACUUCUGCCUGUGCCGUGGGCAAGGGUGCUGCUGCCUGAGUGCCCUUUCUCUGCAUUUGUCGUGGCCUCCGAUUCAGUGCAUGGCUUGUGCAGCGCUUUUUGAUGGCCUCUCCUGUGCUCACAGUCAAAAUGGGCGCCAAGGGGAAGCUGGCCGGCCAGGAAGGACGUUCCCGGUGGGCACAUGGCAAGACAUGUGCUGACUGUAAAAUAAGCCGCUUCAUCCUUAAAGACCUCAUCGGAGUUGAUGGCAAGCGUCUUGUUUUGUAGUGAAAGGAGAACAGCUGGGCCAGGGCACGACGUGCGUCCUCCCCUCAGCCUCACACACCUGGACUCGGCUUCCCGCCUCCUCUUUUGUUCUUUGGUACUAUCACUUUCAAUUGUAUUUUGGUUCUGGUAAGAAUAAAUGUCUUUAA